GUCGAAGCAAGAGAGCGACCCCGACCUUGCGUGUGUCGUCCGUUACGUUCUCCACGAGAGACAAUACAGUGUAUGUGCGUACGCGGCGGGCGGUGUACAGUACGGCUCUGUUCUUUUGUUGCGACAUCCCGGCUUGCUGCUGCCGCUACUGCACCGCUGAAAGCUCGUGCACCGGCUGUCGUGUUUGCUAGUACAGCGACCCCGAGACACGUCAUGCUGACUGGACCGAUGCAGAACACUUUUCGCCGGGUUCUGAGGCCCUCGCUGGCCGCUGCCGGCCGCUGCGCGUCGGCGCGUCAUGCUUCGCAGGGAGCAUCGGACAGCGACCCGCCGAAGGUGCUCAUCACAGGCAGCUUGGGGCAGCUGGGAACGGGACUGGCUCGGCUGCUAAGGAAGAAGUACGGAAAAGAGAACGUCAUCAUGUCCGACAUAGUGCGGCCUCCCAAGAGCAUCCUCGAGGAAGGCCCGUACAUCUACGCGGACAUCCUAGACUUCAAGAACCUCCAGGAGCUCGUGGUCAACGAGCGGAUCGACUGGCUCAUCCACUUCAGCGCCCUCCUGUCGGCCAUCGGCGAGCGAAACGUGCCGCUGGCCAUGCGCGUCAACGUCGAAGGCGUGCACAACGUGAUGGAACUGAGCAAGCAGUACCGACUACGCCUCUUCGUACCCAGCACCAUCGGAGCGUUCGGUCCGGACUCGCCUCGCAACCCGACUCCAGACCUGUGCGUCCAGCGGCCGAGGACUAUAUACGGCGUGUCCAAGGUCCACGCCGAACUUUUAGGAGAGUACUACCACCACAAAUUCGGCCUGGACUUCCGGUGUCUUCGGUUUCCGGGUGUCAUAUCGUACGACAGUGAGCCAGGAGGCGGGACUACAGACUACGCAGUGCAAGUGUUUCACGACGCCCUCAAGUACGGAAAGUUCACCUGCUACCUCAAACCUGACACACGCCUCCCAAUGAUCUACAUAACGGACUGUUUGCGCGCUCUUGUGGAGAUGAUGGAGGCCCCCUCCGAGAGCCUCAAGCUUCGCACUUACAACGUGACCGCCAUGGACUUCACACCCAAGGAGCUGUUCGAGGAAGUUCACAAGCUGGUGCCCGAUCUCAAGGUCGACUACAAGCCGGAUGGACGGCAAGAAAUUGCUGACUCUUGGCCACAGGUGUUCGACGACAGCAAUGCACGUCGGGAUUGGGGCUGGAAGCCAACCUACGACCUGGCUCAGAUGUGCAAAGUUAUGGUGGACAAUCUUCGACCCAUCUAUAAACGCUGACCCGGAAAACCAGUUUAGGAAAGAUAUCCAUCUCCUUUCUUCUUCCUGAAACAGCGCAAGCCAAGAACAGGAAAAGAAGGUCGCGAGUUCUGGGUGUGCGCUGUUUCAGUCACGACUUUCACACGUCAUCCGUCCAGCACCGUCGACAGAUCUGAACUGCAGUUGUGAUUGGCUGCCAAUUGGAACUCUAAUUCAGUACAGUGCUUUCAAGGAGGCGGCUUGAACAGCUACAUAUCUGGAUUUCCCUCUUCCACCUCCAUUUCUAUGCUCCAACGGGAUGUCCGUCACCGACUACCGUAUAGUAACCACAGGGCGAAUUCGCCGUUAGUCUCAAGACCUGACUGCAAAGCAAUUGUAGCGGCGAGCUUGGCCGGUGGAUUUGGGAUGGAGAAAUUGUGAAUCUGUACUGCCCUACCAGACUGAGUUGCUGUGAGUCAACGUGUAUGAUAAAACAGAAAAACCCCGGUAAGGGCUGCUUGACCUGAUGCUAUUGCAAGGUUUAUGCAUUGUGACGAGACCUUCGAUAUACCGACGUUCUUGUGCCCAGUGUUUGAAUGCCCACUGAAUACGUUGCAUGAGCAUUUUUAGAAAUAUGUCAGAGCUCCCAAACCAUGUUUUGCCAAUGUCCGCUGAAACACAAAUGGCGAAACGACAAAAGUGUUUUGAUAGCGGUAGCUGCAAUACUCUUAAGGACAAUUCCCCUGCACGUGUGUUAGCUCCAGCCCGGGAUGCCCCUUGUUUAACCACUGUAGAUGCAGCAGUAAUCAUGCCAAUUUCCUUUUCUCCUAGCAUUGCCAUGCUCACAUCUACUGCUUAUAGUUGUAUGCAAUUUCACAAUGCAGCUAGCAACUUCCUGGCAAACUUUGAAUCAAGAGCACUUGCUUUAGUGUGAUAAGUAAGUACCGAUGGGCCCGACGUUUAACAUUCCACUUGCGAUAUAGAGAUCCUGUGAAAGAGAAACAGCCUUUCCCUUCAGCACAGUUUGAGAUUGCAACUCUGCGUUCAGAAGCGAGUUAUCUUUUGUAAGAAAUAGGUGUGGAUUUGUCUCGAAGCGUGUGCCUUAAGAAGGUCUUUCAUGCUGUGGCUUCUGUCCAGUUGUUAGGGUGUUGGCAAUGUUCGCCUUCUUUUGGGCUACUUGGAGCUUAACCUGUGUUGCUGGUCAAUGCCUCUUCGCGUACACUGCAGCGUUUAUUUACUGAACUGGAUGUGCCAUUACUGUUGCGAAGUGAAAGAUGUCCACUUAACCACUCUACUGUCAGUGGCAGCUAAUAUGCAGCAACGCUCUUGAUGAGCAGUAAGUACUCGUGCUUACGGCUUUGAGCACGAAUUAUACAAGGACUGCUGGAUAGCCUUCUUGCAAACAGGCAAAAGUUGCACUGAAGUUUUCUUGGGCUAUAAAAGAGCACGGAAGUGCAAUGUUACAAUCCGAACUACAAAUCAGCACUCAAACGUGCUGCAGGGUGGGAGUAAAUGCACGUGUAAUUUGUUUUCCAUGUACAUCUCAGACAUUCAUUUCUGCUUUCAUAAAGAGAAAUGUAUCACAUCUCCUAGCAUGAAAAAAUCCGUAAACAGGCGGUGGGUGCUCGAGCCGACGUUUCGACAAGAAGACUUGUCUUCUUCAAGACUGGAACUCCUAGCAUUGUUGUUUUCAAAGAGGUAGCAGGCUCUUAACUCAAGAUAUGUUUCUGCUUAUAUUAACGCUGUCUAUAUCUCUAGUUGUAAGCAGAUUCUAAGUGCUCUUCAGAACUUUCUUGCUUGUUAGAUGUAGGCAGGAUUUCAGUAGCUACAAUUCUGAGGUGGUUCUUUUCUUUAAAGUUCUGGUCUUUUCUCAUGGCCCAAAGUUUCGAACAAUCAGUGCAUGCCAUCAUUAGCCUGGCAACCAGCGAGCUAGUGGCAAUGGGAAAAGGGACGCCUAGUGGCUGCAAAGUCUCGCACUAAACCGCUAUAGAGUGUAGUUCAGAAAGACCAAAAAGAAAACAAGCUUUUGUCAAAAAGUAAAUAACCUUUAUUGUAGACCUCACAGUAACCAGAUAAUACGUUGCAUGCAUUUAUGUUCGUAGUAUGCGAAUCACUGAAAAAGUGAUGGGACAGUUUUCUGUUACCUACAGCAGCACGACAUUAUUUCAGUAUUUGUGAUCAAUACUCCUUUGUCACACCUGAUGAUCGCAAGAUAUUUGAUCUUUGUGUGAUGCAGUUCAGAGUAAGCACUACGGCUCGUUGGACGACAUAUACCAGGUACAGUGCCCAGAAGCUGCAUAACAUGAAUGCAAAUUAAACAUUGAACAGAUCAUACACAGAUCAUUGUGCAUGAGUCUUGCGAGAGCUCCAUUAACAGCCACUAUCUUCGCUUGUACUUAAAAGAGACAAAGUGAGCUUCGAAAGAGGAGAAGCAUGGAGUGCUCCCUGUCUAGUUUUCGUACUGUCCCUGUUACAUUGCGUGCUCUACAUUUCCUCAUUCCUAAUCAAGUACCCGAAACGACCCAGUUAAUGUAAUGCGAACUGAUCCAGUUAAAUAGGGUUGAGAACGAAGGGUCUUAAAAACGGCAGCAGGUUGAAGCUUUGCUGAUUGUUACGUUUCUCGUUUGUGCAUUUCGCUCAGCACAUCUACAUCACAAAGCAGCAGGUAUUUAUUCGUUUAAAGCGUGACGCUUUACUGCCCUAUUAUUGCACAGACUAUCAAGUAGUAAUCAAAUAGGAGCAGCUUAACCAUCAAGUAAACAAUGCCGUGCACAUUACAGUCAUCGUGAGUAUAAUCAUGGGCAAGUAUUCUUUUUAGAAAGUGUGUUCUGCUGGAUGUCAUUGACCUGUUUUUCAUAGUAAACACAAAUACAGCAAAACCAUUUUCCUAUGCAUUUGAAAGGUAUGCAAAGAUAAUAUAUAGCAAGGAAGAGGUGCGUUGUAUGUAUCAUGCUAACAAGGUGUUAAAUAGACCACGAAAUAAAACGAACCUAUGCUAGAUUGAUACGAUCACACUUUUCCUGAAUUGCAUUGUGGGAUACAUUCACGCUUAUGUGACGCAGAUUCUGCCUUGCCUACUCACCUGCUAAUGCAUAAAUUUGCAAAAAUAAUAAAUAAAAGAAUAUGACCUUAGUUUUGAGAAAAAUGUACCACUAUAAACCAAGUUGGAGUAUUUUGUUAAUAUUAGUAACUGACCUUCAGCAAAUGCAAAAAUAAUACUUAUUAAUGCGAGAUCUCUAAUUGGGGUUCCGCUGUACCUGUUGUAUAAACCGACAAAGAAAACAAUACAUUCCACCAUGUCUUGUUCCUUCCUUCAUCUUUGCUCUUGAAAAAAAAAGAGGGACUGUUAAAAAGAGAAUAUUUAUUAAAAACUGCUGAAACCUC